AUGAGAUCCUCGCUGCUCAUUUGGCCGGCACUUGGCAUAGCGCUGGCCGCGGGCAGCGCAGCUGCUUUACCCGCCGACCGAGCAGCAACCUCCAGCAGUGGGCUGAUAUCUCGCAUUCCCAGCUCAUCACGUUCCACGUCUGUCGAAAGCCCUUCCAACACGGCUUCGAAGUCGAUCUCUUCGAAAAGCGCCAGCACGACCUUCGCGGCGCCCAGCACCAGCAACGUGACGAACAGCAACGGCACGAUUGUUACCAAGGACGCGCCUCCACAAGCGUCUGCCUGCACUGCUUUCGCAGCCUACCUGCCAACUCUGCUUUCCAGCGGCAAGGCUACACCCGGUGGUACCAAGCUCAAAGUGAAAAAUUCCCUAGCAGCGUACUAUCAAGGUGUCAAUCCCAGCACAAAGGAGCUGAUCGAUCUGAUUCCUGAUGGCGCUUUUGGACCCAAAGAUUCAAAGAAGGGCGCCAUCAACGGUGCUGGAGAAUGGGAUACGACGGAUGUCAUGAUGGAUAAAGGUUAUGGAGAGGCGGAUCUGGUGGAGCAGGCCGCUUUGGGUCUGCUGCCGCCCUUUUGUCGUAUCGGCGGCAGCAUUGAGACAAGCGAUUCUAGUCAGACAUGGUUCGAAGUCUGGCUGCCGUUACCUCGUGAUGGUCUGCAAAACGGCACGUUCGGUGACAGCUCGAUUGCGCCAAACAUUUCUUCGCCUCUCGUGCGCGUAGAGCCUCUCAUUCUUGCCAAAACAUGGAGGCAAAAAGACCCGCUGGUUGCUUCUUCAUCAUCCACUCCUGUACCGACAGCAGCGGCAUUUAGAAGUGAGAAUCCAGCCCUCCAGCAUGUCCUCGCCCGAAGUGACUCACCGUCUCUCGAGGACGUCACUGCCUUUGAAACGGCGCUGCCAUUCCCAAGCGCUGCUUUAAGCCCCAGUGCCGUCGACUUCAUCACUUCCGGCGAGGGAAGCACUGUUUCUGAUUCCCCUUCAGCCGCCGCCUCCAGUGUACAGCCCCUGCUGCCAAAAGUAGUACACGCAACGUCCAAGAAGCCAGACGGCCUUCCUGCAUCUGGCGGCAACUGGCGGGGCCGAAUGCUUCUGAUCGGCACAGGCGGUCAAAAGGGGACCGUCAUCUACCCUGAGCUCAAACAAGUCCUGACGCGAUACAGAGAAGCAGCGGCAGGCACCAACGCUGGUCACUGGGGCUCAGGGUCCGACACUACGUGGACUAUCCAAUCUCCAGAGUCUCAAAACGACUUUGGCUACAGAGGCGUGCACGUAUCGACCCUGGCUAGCAAAGCGGUCGUGUCGCAAUUUUACGGUGCCAAAUCAUUCGGCACAGACAGGGCGAACACCAAAGACGCCACUGGCCUCACUUUCCGCAGCUAUUUCAAGGGCUGCUCUACCGGCGGCCGACAGGCGAUGGUCAGUGCACAACGCUAUCCACAAGACUUUGACGGAAUCAUGGCUGGCUCGCCGGCAAUCGACUAUAAUUAUCUCAACGCGUACCAGAUCCACGUCAACAGCUUCCAAAAUGAUACCUCGUCGCCUAGGUACAUUCCUGAGGAGCUGUACGCGACUAUUCACGAAGCAGCGCUCAACCAGUGCGACGCCAUGGACGGACAGAUGGAUGGCAUCAUUGGGGAUGUCUUCAAUUGCGACCCACACGACUACGUCCCUAGGCUUGCAUGCGACGCCCAGGAGAGCGUCGCGGCAGAUUCGACCAUCAUUCCAACGAUCGCUUCCGAGUCUGAUGCAGUGAAGCUGACUGCACGAAGCAGGCAGGCCAAAUUAACGGGUAAUAAUGGCCUCAUACAGCUUGACAACAUCACUUCAAGCGAUACCCCUUCGUGUCUGACCCAACCUCAAAUCGACAACUUGUACGAUAUCUAUGAAACCUUCAAGAUCGGCGACACGCUUGUACGUACCCUCGCCCCGCGCGCACAUUGACGCUGCUCACUUCUUCGCGUGUUGAUUCCUACUGUAGAUUCAUGAACCCGUCCUCCCCGGCUCAGAGACGGGCUGGACAGUCCUGGAUGGCGUAGGCGGAGUUCCUUUCCCCGCUGCUCCCGGUUGGUUCAAGUAUCAGGUUCUCAAUAUCACAGAUAAGAACGCUGCUUUCAAUCCUUACACUCAAGUCACGCCGGAUGUCAUUUUUCAGGGCCAGCAAGCAGACGCAGGAGGCACCAUUGGUUUCAACACAAAUUUGAGACCUUACUUUCAAAAAGGAGGCAAGCUGGUCCAUUACCACGGCUUGGCAGAUCAAUUGAUCCCCAGCGGGAGCAGCUUCAGGUAUCACAAGCUGGUGACGAACAAUUAUUCGCGCUUUUCCAGCAGCUACAAAUUCUUUCCCAUUCCAGGCAUGAACCACUGUCGUUCGGGCGAUGGCGCCUUCAACUUUGGUUCGGCCGGUCAGACGGAUCAAGCUGGCUGGAGACCGUUGAGCUACGAUGCUAAUCACGAUUUGACCCUCGCGCUCUUCAAAUGGGUGGAGCAAGGCACAGCUCCCACUUCUAUCAUCGGUGCUGCGUACAAGAACAGCACGACCGAGACGAUCGGAAGCUACUCCUCGGAUGUUCUAGCACCGCGUCCGUUCCAGAACGGUAAGUGUUCCGAGUGCGCAAAUGUUUCUGCUGAUGGAAGGAUCGGGCUGACUGCUUUGCCGUCAUCACAAAUUAUGAUCCCCUCAGGUGUAAAGCUUACGAGACGCUUCUGUCCGUGGCCCAAAACGGCGCAGUUGGUCGACAACAGUCGAAGAGGCGUCGCAGAAGGCUACAAGUGCCAGUGA